AUUCGCUUCUGUUGUAUAAACAUUUUAGUUUUGUGGACAAGUAUUUAUUGGCGGUAAAAUUUUUUUAGAAUUUAAUUGCAAUCAUGGACACCGAGUUACCAUUAAGUCGCAUAAGAACCAUUAUGAAGAGUUCUUUAAACACUGGACAAAUAACAAAUGAAGUUCUUCUACUUAUGACCAAAUCUACGGAAAUGUUCAUACAAAAAUUAACGAAAGAAGCUUACGGUAAAGUCAAAGACGAUAAUACACUGAAAUAUAAACAUUUGUCACAAUACGUCCAAAAGGAAAAGAACUUGGAGUUCUUAUUGCAAAUUGUCCCAGCGAAAAUAAAGGUGAAAGAUUUCAAAAAAAUAUUGGAAUUAGGUGAUGUAAAUUCAUCUUCUGAUAGUGAAGAUGAGAGGCAGAGCAAGUGAUGUUUCCAAAUUCCGCAGAAGUAUACAUACAUAUAUAAUUGUUUCGAUUUUAAUAUAAUUAUUUGAUAUUAAUUACCAUAUUAAGGGUUAACAAAUAUACAUUAUAUAUACAAAUUCACUAAUAUUGAUUUCCACUUUUAACUUACAAGCGUAGAGUUUUUAGAUGAUUAGUAAUCAUAGACAUAUAAAAUUGAAGUGUACAAUGUUUAUACCAAAAUUCACUGAAUAAUUAAAAUUUACACAGGUAGUCUGAGUUAAGACAUCUUAAAA